CAUAUUCUGAUAAAGUUUUGUUUCAGAAUCAUUUCCGACAGGCUUGUACACUGAGAGGUGUGAUGCUGCCCUCCACAGUUCAAGCCUUACUUCUGCUCUGUUGACAGUCUUUGAGGACACGGAGCUUCUCCUGUGUCAUGGCACAAAACGAAACGUGUGACGAUUCUUUGACGUUGACAGACCCGUCCCUCGGUGUCGCUAUAUGAGCUUUUCAGCUGCAGGUGUAUGGGAAGUUGACGAAAUGACAGUUAAGUCCUUGCUCUGAGGGCGCUGCUCACCGAGCUGCUAACGGCGGCUAGCAGCGUAGGAGAUGGACGGUCUGUCCGAGAAAACAGAGGCGGAGCGCGAAGACACAUUGGAACGUUCAGAGCAGAAGACGCUGCUCAAUGCCGCGGUGACGCCUGAAGUCAGGCCGCACACUGCAGACGGCCAUCAACUGUUUGCCAUUAAAGAAGAGGUUCCGCCUGAGCAACAGUGGCUGUCCAGUGUGGACCAGGAGAAGCCAGAGCACCCCCACAUUAAAGAGGAAGAGGAGGAAGUGUGGAUCAAACAGGAAGAGGCUGAUAUCAUUGCAGUCACUGUGAAGAGUGAAGAUGAAGAGGAGCCUGAGUCCUCAAAGCAUCAUCAGAGUCACAUUGCGGAGAACAGAGAGGAGUUUGUAGGACCAGAACCAGCCGAAAACUCAGGUUUAGAUGGAUUUUUAGAACCAGAAACUGAGGACAGAGCCGAAGACUCUUCUGAGACUGAAGACAGUGAGGAUGAUUGGAAGGAGACCAGUGAAUCACGAAGCUUAAAGACAGUAAAAAAUAAAACAGUUUCCAGUGAUAUGACAGGUAACACUGAUUGGAAAUUCAGCUGUUCUGAAUGUGGUAAAAGAUUUGCCUAUCAGUCACUUCUGCUGAGACAUCAGAACACUCAUUUUGGAGCGAAACCAUUUAGUUGCUCUGAGUGUGGUAAAAGAUUUACUGAAAAGAGCAGUCUAAGGAAACAUGAGAAAAUUCAUACAGGAGAUAAACAAUUUCAUUGCUCUGAGUGCGGUAAAGGAUUUGUUCAAAAGGGCAAUCUGAUGAAACAUGAGAAAAUUCAUACAGGAGAGAAACCAUAUAGUUGCUCUGAGUGUGGCAAAAGAUUUAUCCAAAAGGGAAAUCUGAGGUCACAUGAAAAAAUGCAUGCAGGAGAGAAACCAUUUAGUUGCUCCGAGUGUGGUAAAAGAUUUGCUCAUAAAUCAUUUCUGCUCAGACAUGUGAACACUCAUUUUGGGGCCAAACCAUUUAGUUGCCCUGAGUGUGGUAAAAGAUUUUCUCAUAAGAGCAGUCUGAAGAAACAUGAGAAAAUUCACUCAGGAGAGAAACCAUUUAGUUGCACCGAGUGUGGCAAAAAAUUCAUUGAAAAGAGCAAUCUGAGAAAACAUGAAAAAGUUCAUACAGGAGAGAAACCAUUUAGUUGCUCCAAGUGCGAUAAAAGAUUUAGCCAUGAGUGCUACUUGAGGUCACAUGAAAAUAAUCAUUCAGGAGAGAAACGCUUUUGUUGUUCUGAGUGUGGUAAGAAAUUUUUCCAAAUGAAGCAUUUGCGGUUACAUGAGAAAAUUCAUAAAGGAGGGAAACCAUUUAGUUGCCCUAAGUGUGAUAAAAAAUUCACUCAGAAGAGCAGUCUGAGGUCCCAUGAGAAAAUUCAUACAGGGGAAAAACCAUUUAGUUGCUCCGAGUGUGACAAAUGUUUUAUAGAAAAUAGAAAACUAAGGAAACAUUAUGAGAGAAUUCAUACAGCAGAUAAACAGUUUCUUGGCUCGGAGUGUGGGAAAAUAAUCAAAAAGAGCAAGUCGACAAAAGAUGAGAAAAAUCAUGUAGGAGAGAAACCAUUUAGUUGCAGUGAGUGUGGGAAAAGAUUUAAGGAAAGGAGCAAUCUGAGGAAACAUGAAAAAAUUCAUACAGGAGAGAAACCAUUUAGUUGCACAGUUUGUGGUAGAGGAUUUCUCAAAAAAAGCAAUCUGAUGUCACAUGAAAAAACUCAUACAAGAGAGAAACCAUUCAGUUGCUCAGUUUGUGGUAAAAGGUUUACUGAGAAGAAAACUCUUACAAUACACAUGUCAAUCCACACAGGGGAAAAACUGUUCAGCUGCAGAGUGUGCAACAAACGGUUUACAUGGCAUUGUCAGCUCAAAAAACAUAAAUGUGCAGGCGAUACCUCACAACUUGAUCAGAAUCAGAUUGAGAGGACCGGGCAGGACCAGGACCAGGACCAGUCGGGAACUCGGGAUCAAAUUCCUCUUUUCCACCAAAGUGAACCUGGUGCUAAUGCUGGAGUGGUGCUAGUGGUUUUUCAGAACUGGUUCAAUGUCGGAACUGUUUAAUAACACGUCAUGUUGUCAUGGCAUACAUCAGUGUUCUCCAAACUCCUUUCUGGGGCCCAACUUUUUAUAAAGAAUGUAUUGUGUCCACACCACCUGCAUGGUACCAGCUGUCAAUCACAGUGGUGUCCACUCAUAUGUGCCAUGCCUAAAUGGAAGCAUAUAGUAAUUUAUACAACUGACAACAUGUACUAUUAAAGAGUUCAGCCUAUUAACUCCUCAGGAAUGUGAUUACUAAAUCAAGAGAAAAGUAGACACUCAUAGUCUUCUAUUCAAACUUAGUUCUAUUUGUAACCAGCACAAUUGCACAAUUGACAUUUUUGUAUCAGGUACUUUUUCUGAUAAGUGUAUGUAAAUAACUUAAUUUUGUCCUUGUGUUUUUGAGUAAGUCUUUCGUGGGUAACGACCCCAACAUGGGGAAUGACCGUGAACUCCAUUUGAAUGGAGGUCUUAUGGGAAAGUGACUAUUCUCAUUUGAAUUAGAGCAUCAGUAAACAGAGGAGUUCUGAGGAGCUAAUUGCUAUUUACAUUACUUCAAUAACACAUGAUGUCAAUUUUGUAAAUUUGGAUUUAUUUAUUUUUUGAAAAUUACUGGAAUACUCUGUUAAUGCCAAAUACCAGCACAAUGUCAACAGUGGCAGUGUUACACAGAUAAAUGUGUGUGGCGACUCCAUCAUGUCUCAAACUUUGGAUAACAUUGGCUGGCAAAGCAUGGUUCUCUUCAUUCUCUUCAGAAUAUACACUUUCAAAUGCUAUUUUUGCUUUUUUGAUGUGGUUUUUAAAUGCCUGUUUUGUUAAAAACAAUCUGUUUCUUGUUUUUAGCCUCAAUGAUAACUACUACUGCAGCUUCAGCUCCCUAAUUUCCCUACAUUGCGGUUUUGCUGCAAUAACGACGUUUUAGGCUGAUAAAAACAACCAGACCUGUGAGGCUAUGUUCACUUAGCUCACUUUAGCUCUCAUGCAGCUCUUUUUAAUUUGCUGUGGGAUAAGCCCAACUACUUAAACUAAUAACCAAUCUGUAUAGUGCAGUCAUGUUACUACACUUACCUGUUUAUUGAAUGAAAUUCACAACAACUAAAAAAUAACAUUUUGCCUAAAUAAUCAGAUAAUUUAUCUGACCCAAUGUUAUCGUGCAUCUCCAUUUAGAGAUAGAUCUAGUUCAGGUUUGGGAGUCAAACUAUGGAAUGAAUGAACUGAUAUGAUCUGUACAUCUCUGUUCAUAUUUUAAAAAAAGCUUUCAAAUGUAAAAUAUUGAAGGAAUCAUUUUGUGUUUCUUCUCUCUUUUAUUUAUCUUUCAUACUGCUGAUGUCUCGUGGACUAUUUAGGAGAGGCACACAUUAGCUUUUGGCUUCAGCCUGUUCCCGUUAUUGGUUUGUGAUUGUACUGGAGUGUGUUGUGUGAGAUGGAUCUGUGUAAAAGUUUUCAGUCAUUUUUAAUGCUUUGCCCUUAAUAGUGUUUAACAGAAAAUAAACAUUUUCCAUUGUG